UGGAAGUGCUGGGCAAGCUCGGUCCAGCCAUGGGCAGAUGAGGGGAUCAGAGGAGUGGGAAGCAGACUGCAGACCCUUCAACCCACCUCAAACCUGCUUUCCUGGAGUCAGCCUGCAGGCUGGGCAGGCAGUCCUCGAGUCUUGGAAUUCCCACUUCCAGCAGUGAAUCCUGUCUCCCCCCCUGCUGAUUGACUGUGGAUGUGCUGGCAUCCAGGAUGGAGGCAGUAGAAAGUGAGACCCUGACUGAUGAGGUGGAGGAGAUGAGUGGAAGAGCUGACGUGACUCUGGACCCAGACACCGCCAACCCCUUCCUCAUUCUGGCCAGUGACCGGCGAGGGGUGGGACGGGGGCACGAGUGGGCCCUGCUGCCCGACAGCCCCGAGCGCUUUGACACGGAGCCGUGCGUGCUGGGCAGCCAGGCCUUCGCUGCAGGGAGACACUGCUGGCAGGUGGAGGUGGCCGAGGCAGGGGACUGGUGGGCAGUGGGAGUGGCCCAGGAGUCUGUCAGGAGGAAGGGGGUCCUCAAUUUUACGCCCCAGGAGGGGAUCUGGGCCGUGGGGCAGUGGUUUGGACAGUACCACGCUUUCAGUGAUCCUGACUGGACCCCACUGCGCCUUCCCUGCCUCCCCACGGCCAUCCAGGUCUGCCUGGACUUCACAGACAAGCAGGUGACUUUUGCUGAUGCUGAGAGUGAAGCCCCAAUCUUUGCUUUCUGCCUGGCCUCAUGUGCUGGGGAGAGGCUGCGCCCGUGGCUCUGGGUGGGGACGGACUCGUGGCUCAAGCUGUGCCCCUGACAGGGAGGGAACAUCAGGGGCAGGGGAGAGGCUGGAAAGGCAAACGCCAUCCACCACCGUGGGUCCUGGUGCUGGGAACUGGGGGGGUCCUGCAUCCUGCUGGCUUCUCCUCAUGAGGAUCCUCUGGCCUCCAAGGAGAGGACGGGCAGCUCAUGGAGGUGGAUGCCACAACAGAGCCUCCUUUAUCCCCCCACCCUUGGCUGGGACUGCAGGGACAGCAGGGAGCACAGAGACUGGGAGCAGGGAGGAGCUUGGUGCCUGGUGGUCCCUGGCAGGGACCAUCACUGAGUGCCAGGGCACUGCAGAGCUGCUCUGUAUGAGGCCAUGGAAAAUAUAGCAGGGUCCAGCUCCUCCCAGGGUGCUGGUGUAGUGCCUCUGGCUUUUUUCAAUUAAGUUAAAAAACCCCAAACAUAGCUGGAUACCCAUGAUAACACUUAUCUUCCCCACACAUCCAGAGCCUGUCCUUGCCUGAUGUGCACCAAGCACAUUUCUUGCAGCAGAGCACUGGGAGCAGUGCAGG